AUGUCUUGUUUGCACCUGCACAAUUCAUUGAAUGUAAAUUGUGAAGCUAAUUCUGAUGGAGAUGGUGUUGUAUCAGGUUGGUCGAAUCCAUUUUUUGAACCUGUUGUUCCAUGGCGUAGAAGUUCACGUCAGUAUCAACAUAAAACACGUCGGAUUCAUAGUUUUCGUAAGAAAUUCUCCUCUCGUCAUCAGCGAACAACUGAUUACAACAACAAUGAUAAUUAUAAUGAUGAUAGAAUCUGUAUCAAGAGUCCAUUGGAUAUUAGAGCUUCACAGAGUACCGGAGAUCUGAGCGUUGUGAAUUUAAAAACAGUAGCGGAUUUAUGCGAACCAGCUCGAACCAAACAUCAGAAAGCAUAUAAUCAAGUCACGUGUCUGUUUGACUCGAAAAGGAGAGCAACUCAUAAUUCUAGAAUUACUGGUAGUAUUAAUAGGUUAAGGGACAAUGCUAUUACAGAUCCUAGUGAUUUCUCUGACUCGAAUUCUGAAUUAGGAAAUAAUGGUCAUGGAAAUGACAAAAUAACUAUCAACAAUAACACUUAUAUACGACAAUUUAGAAUUCAUUCAACCACUGACAGUGAUAAUGUAGCCUAUGCAUCAACAUCUGUCCUAAAUGGAGUACCUCAGUCUGUGGCAUCGUCAUGUCAAUCUCCUGAUGCUCCCAGCUGUGGCGCGGUUGCUGCUGUUCUUCCCGUUACGACGAUAACAACAACAACAGCUCAUACUCCUUCACCAUCUCUUCAUUCUCGUUCUGACUCUCAAGCGAAAGGCUUAUCUUCUGGUCAUGAAAGGUCUUCCAUCCCUCUUUAUUAUCUUACUACAUCAGGAAAGUCAAUGGAAAAUGGUGGUUUCUCUAAACAAUUAUUAAAACAGGAUAAAUUAUUUACUGCUCCUUUAGCUGAACCAGAAACUGGUUCUAUUGUAACUCCAGUCGAAUCAUCUUCACAGUCAACGUUAACCUCAUCACGCAGUCAACUACCUGAACCAUUGAAUGGUCAAAUGCCUACUUUAAAACAAAAUUCAUUCACUAAUAGAUCUACAAUUAAUAAUAAUGAUGAUAAUAGUAAAUGUUCAACAAUAAAUGGAGAUUCUCACCAUAUUAAUUUAAAGUCUAAUCACAAUGAUAACACAAUCUAUUCUCAAAUGAAUUCAUCUUAUAAUCAUUUCGAAUUAAAAAAUUCUGAUCAAGUUUUAUAUAAUCAUAAUAAAAAUCUCUUAAAAAAACAUGAACAGCAAGGACUUUGGUACUCACAACUGCAAAAGUGUCAACAACAGGACCAGUCAUUACGUCAUCACCUUAAACACGAACAACAAGUAACUGAAGGCAUAGUCGAUAAUAUUGAUUCCACUUGUUCAAUAUCCUCUAGUUCUUAUCACAAACAAGAUGAUAAUAAUAAUAAUAGGCAGUCAAAAGAAUCACAGAUCGUUGCUAUUGGUGAUUGCAAUGCCUUGUAUCCAUUUACAGGCGAUGGUUUUGAAUCAUGUUAUUUAGCAUUUGAGGCUGAUGAGCAGUUUUAUAUUUUGGCAACUGAUCCAACGGAAGAUACUACUGACUGGCUUCAUGUAUGUCGUAAACAGCGGACACAAGAAAUUGGUUAUGUUCCUACAGCAUAUGUUCAAAAAAAUCUUUAUUUUCAACCAGUUUUAUUGCCGAAAUCAGAAUGUGUACAACUGCAAGAUUCGGAUUCAUCAUCGACUACAACUAGAACAGCUACUUCUACUACACCGAAGUUGAAAAAGUCUGUGAAUACAACACAAACAUCUGCGAGAAGUCCAGUAAAUAGUGUCCACAGUAAUAAAAGUAAUUAUUCUGGUAUGUUGAUGAUGAACAGAAAUUUCAGAGGUACUUCUCCUUAUGUUCGUUUAAGUGGAGUUUCACGAGAUACUGACUUAUGAUGAAAUAAAUAAACUUGAUGAAUUCGUUUUUCCCUUGUUUAUGCCUUAUUAUUAUUACCAUGUUAAUUUUUUUAUACAUAGCGAACGUAUGCUCAUGGGUAUACUUUUUUUAAAAACAAUAAACCAUAUCAUUUUCACUAUUCACUUCUAUAAAAAAUUUCCAAUUAGUAUUAUUUUGUUUUUUAUCUGUGUCUUUAAAAUACGAUGAUCGGUAGUAUUACGCCAUCCUCCAGUCUCCCUAUUUGUACAUAUGGAUAUAUACAAUCACUUUUUGUUAUAUUAUACACUGAUGCCUUAAUUUUUCGAGAGAAAUCAUUAUCAUUUUUUUAUCCUUAUGGGUUUUUUCCACACUAUUUAUACAGUAAAUUAGGUUUCUCUCUUGGCAGAUUUCUUAUACACCAUUUACACUUGCAAGCUGUAUCACAUACACACACAAACACAUAAGACAAACAUUUAUUUGAUAGUUUCCAUUGUACUACCUACUUUUUUCAUUCGAAAUUAUUUUAGAUGAUAUAAGAAGGAAUUUCAUUUUAUCCAAUAUUAAAACUUCCACUAGUGAAUAUACUACGACACACUGAUAAACUGUCUUUAUUAUUUUUGUCAGUUGACUUCUAUGAUUAUACAGUAAUUGAGAUAAUCUGUUUUCAUUGUUAGUUUAAUCCAGUGUUUUUUUCUAAUCAAAUUUGUAGGCGACAUUUCACCUCUUCUAUAUAACAUUUUGCCUUAUUGUGUAUAGUAUACAUGUCGUACUAUGUCAAACACUGUCUUGUUUAGUCUGGAAAUAAUAACGAUUUGGUGUCUA